UUUUCUCCCUCUGCUCCAUCGUUCUUUCCUUUUGUUUCAGUGCUCCUAAAUCAAAUCAGUCACAGGUCCAACAGGGAAGAAACAAAGAACAACAACCACAUCAGCAACAGAGGAAGUUUACAGAGACAGAGACAGCUGUUGGAUGAUUCGAUUUUGCCACCAUGGCUUCCAUCUCUGUUCUGGGUUUGAGAUUCUGCUUCCAUUUCGCCUCGCCAGUAUGUUUCUUCAACUCUGUUCAUCGGUUUGUAAGUAAAUCUUCUCUCUGUCCUUUCCUAUGAAUUUCCUCUGAAUCUUUGGGAAUCCGAUGAUUUUCUUUUUCUUUUUAUUUUAAUCUAUUUUCUAUUCUUUCAUUCUUUGUUUUUGGGGUUGGGAUUCAAUUUUAGGACACACGAUUUGGUACUUUAAAAACAGAGUGUUUCUUUUGAUUCUCUUCCUCUGUUUCUCAUUCAUCGGAUUCCUCUUGUUUUUUUCUAAUUUCUUUCUGUUCUUUCUGUUCAUACGAUUUUUGGGUUUCUUCACACAAUCACGUAGCUUCAUUCUUUGUAGUGCUUGAAGGGAAUUGAUUUUCUUAGAUUAUAAACUCUAAAAGGGAUUUUGAAAAACAGAGGAAAAAAGAAAAAGAAAGGAAAAUUGGGUUGUGGGGGUGUGUGGAUCUUUUUGGAAAAACGAAGCAAAAGCGUUGGAAGAAGAUAGAGGAUGUUGGCUGGGUGUUCUAGUUCAACAUUGCUCUCGCCAAGGAAUCAUUUGAGAAGUGAAGUAGUACAGUCGCCGUUUCAAGCUUGCCUUUUGCAGUUUCCGCCUUCAAUGAGCGCACAGAGAUUGGAUUUGCCCUGCAGCUUUUCCCACUCAAAAGACGCCUCUUCCGUCGUUCGAUCCCCGUCGAUCCGUCCGGUUGCUCUCUCGGUCGAGAAGCAGAGCAUCAGGCUUCCGCCGCUAUCCGCUGCUAACCAGCAAAUCAAGCAAGAGUUUUGGAAUGGGAAAGGUAAGAACUUGAAGAGAAUUGCAGAGCAAGUUGGGAUUGAUGAUGAUGAUGAAUCUUCCAUUAGCAAUGCCAAGAGGAAGAGAGCGUGCAGAGACGACAUAGGAGACGGGCUGAUUCUGAGCCAAUUCGGCGGUGGGGUUCGGAGUUUCUGGUAUCAUCAACAGCCUGAUGGGGAUGAAGGACUCUGCUUUCUUCCUGGAAGUUCAACGUCGCCGUUUAUGUCAGAGAUCGCUGAUUUGGGAGAAGGAAAUGACGGAGAAAGCAGCCAAGUGAAGGCGCAGGACAGCUCGGACUCGGUCUCCGGUUCAGAUUCGGGGUCGAGUUCAUCAUCAGGAAGUGAGAGAUUUGCAGCAGCAGAAGCAGGGCCAGAAAUUGGAAAUGGGAGCUCAAGAAAUCCUUCAUAUCAUCACCAUCAAGGCUCUGGCUCAGAAAAUGAGAGAGGAGAAGAAGAAUCAUUUGAGCUGUUGAGUGUUCUAAUGGCAUGUGUGGAAGCAAUAAGAUCAAAGAACAUUACUUUGAUUAACCAUUUGAUAGAAAAACUUGGUAGCCAAGCUUCACCAAGAGGUUCAUCACCCAUUACACGUUUGAUUGCGUAUUACACAGAGGCUUUAGCAGUAAGAGUGAGCAGAGUUUGGCCACAAGUGUUUCACGUAAGGCCGCCGAGGGAAUACAAUCGGAUCGACGACGAUACAGGUAUAGCGUUACGUCUUCUAAACGAGGUGAGUCCGAUCCCGAAAUUCAUCUACUUCACAGCAAAUGAGAUGUUGCUGAGAGCAUUUGAAGGGAAAGACAAGGUUCACAUCAUAGACUUUGACAUAAAGGAAGGGCUGCAAUGGCCGAGCUUGUUUCAGAGUUUGGCAUCUCGAGUGAAUCCUCCGAGUCAUGUCCGAAUCACCGGGAUCGGUGAAUCGAAGCAGGAAUUGAACGAAACGGGAGAUAGGCUGGCGGGGUUCGCCGAGGCAUUGAGGCUGCCGUUCGAGUUCCACGCGGUGGUGGACCGGUUGGAGGAUGUGAGACUAUGGAUGCUUCAUGUCAAGGAGAAUGAGAGUGUAGGAGUGAAUUGCAUUCUCCAACUGCACAAGACUCUGUAUGAUAAUAACAUCAAUGGUGGCGGGGGAGCAUUGAAGGACUUUUUGGGGCUUAUAAGAAGCACGAACCCGAGAAUUGUUGUGAUGGCCGAGCAAGAAGCCGAGCACAACGACCCGAGAUUGGAGACUCGAGUUGCAGCCACAAUUAAGUACUAUGGUGCCAUAUUCGACUCCCUCGACACUAGCCUUCCACCGAACAGCUCGGGAAGGUUGAAAAUCGAGGAGAUGUUUGGGAGGGAGAUAAGGAACAUGAUAGGAUGUGAAGGAAGGGAGAGGUAUGAAAGGCAUGUUGGAUUUGAGAAAUGGAAGAAAGUGAUGGAGAAGCAAGGAGGGCUGCGAUGCGUCGGGAUUCGGGACGAUCGAGAGCUUCUUCAGAGCCAAAUCCUGUUGAAAAUGUACUCAUCAGCUGAUGGAUUCAAUGUGAGAAAGAUUGGAGAAGGAGGAGCUCAAGCAGUUUGCUUAGCUUGGGAAGAACAACCACUUUACAGUGUGUCAGGAUGGACAGCAGCAGAAAUAUCUUGAUAUUGAUUUAUUACAUUCUUUUGGUUUCAAUUGUAAUUUGUUAUACACAUGAAAAGAGGGAGAGGGAAGAAAUUCUUAUUAGGGUUUAUAAGAGAUUAUUUUUUAAUUCUUAUAAGGGUUUAUAGACAGUUCUUUAAUUCUUUUAUGU